AUGCGGAAACCAUCUGCUGCACGAGAGUCCACCCCGCCUAGGCUCCUCUUGCUGCGUACCCCCAUUCAGGGUUCCAUAGCAACGUCAUUUUGCGGAACGAAAUUUCCGAAUGAUCAGGCCAAGCUAGCGAAAGGAAGCCCAGCUCACGGCACCAACAAGGAUCAAUUAUAUCAAAUGGCCGUGCCUUCACGGAGUUUUGAAAAAUUACAGGAGAUCUUUGAUUCUCGAGGUUCAAGUACCGAAUGUGCUGGCCCGCAAGAGAGGAAGGAAAAGACGCUGGGCAACCUCUGCCAGCUCAUCCAAUCCCGGAUCCUCCGAACGAUCUCGCAACUGACAUCAGCAGGCAUCGUCUCUAAAGCAUCGACACCAAUCAACUGCAGUGAUAAGAUGGGACCAGACCAGAUGGUGAAGCGGGACCGACCCACCGAGGCGAUCGAUGAAGUUCUCUUGUCUACCCAGGACCCCAUAUCGCGAUGUGAGAGCAACAGGAAAUUCAGGUUAAGUGGGAUGCCACAGAAACUUGAUAGGGAACUAAAACUGGGCCGCUAG